AUGGAUUCACACUCCUCGAACGCCAAGCCCCCCUUCGAGACACUUCCCCUCGAGACAAGACAGGCAGUCAUGCGCGCACUCCCAGAUGUUGAAUCAUUGAAAUGGCUGGUGCUGUCUUGUUCUUCCUUUUAUCAUGCCUUUCGAGAUGCUGGAUCAUUGAUCACCAUUCGAGUGCUCCUCAGUGAGGUGCACCUCGACGUCCUCCCCGAAGCCGUUGCUGUGUUUGAAUCGGCGCGGAACGGAUCUUGGACUCGACAAGGGAUCAUAGACUUCGCCUCCCAACACCUUGACAGAAGAAUUCCGCCACCACAAUCCUGGACACUCGCGGAUGCGUUAUCCAUAAGCAAGCUAUACUCUCAUGUCCAUUAUUUUGCGACAGACUUUGCAUGCAAAUGCCUAGGAAUUCAGGCUCUGGAGCGCGGCGUCCAACAAUCAUCGCCAUCGCAACUCGAAAUAGCUCGUAUUGAGCAGACUUUAGGAAUCCGAUCCUCUCUGUGGAUGAGCAAAGAGAAAUUAUUUUCUCAAAGUUCUCUCCCUGUGAAAAUGAGCAAUUGGCAUGUACCCACGAUUAUCUAUAUGGAAAGGUAUCUCCAGAUACUAACUUUGGUAGCUUUCAAUGAGAUAUCAGAACAUGACGUUUUCUGGGGGGGAUUACGGGUAAAUUAUUCUGAUAUUAGCGACCCUGGCGAUAUCGAACCUAUCCUUGCUCGUGGCCUCUCAAGCAUUCAUUCAAUUGCCCUAGCAAACAACUAUGAAGACCGGUACAACCUUGUCUAUCCUGACUAUCCACAAUACGAACCGGAUUGGUUAUUCGGGGCUUUGAAUGCCGCUAAUGACAUUCAUGAUGGCGAUUGGCUCGAGGAUUAUUCGGACGACCAACUUGCCCGAAUUACGGCGUCAUUCUUUCCAGACUCAGACACUGGGCCAGUGGAAACAUGGGUCUGGGCACACAAAGAAGAAUCUGGCCGGCAGUUCAUAAAUACUCCUAUCCGACAACCUCUUCGUGAAUGGGGCUAUGUUAUGUGGGAUCGCGCUCGACUUCAUGAGUGGAAAGUCUUUCAAACACCCUAG